UGAAGGAGUUGGCUUGAAAAUAAUCUGAAGAUUUUUAGACAUGCGCAGAUGUAGGAUGCCAUAUUGGAAGGAGGAUUUGGCCGAGCAGCUGAAAGAGACACAGCUCGCGCUGCCUUCAACCGAACGAAAAGACCGAGCAAAUUAAGACGUGGAAAAAACUUGAUUGAGACUGGGACACCUUGUGGGUCUGCUCUGAAGACAGGGCUGGGCACCAACCAGCUGGUUACCACGACAAACACCAACCAACCAACUGGCGGAUGCAGUCAUCAGCCGGUGCACAGGAGCGGUUGAUGAUGUCAUUGAAUUCGUCCAAUCACAAGCAGGAGCAGCAGCAGGCCUCAGAUGGGGAGUCCGCUGCUGAGGAGGAUAUGGAUUUCAACUGGGACGAGUACCUGGAGGAGAACGGAGCCACUGCUGCCCCUUACGCAUCAUUCAAACACGUGGAGAUCAGCCUACAGAGCAGCUUCCAGCCGGGCAUGAAGCUGGAGGUAGCCAAUAAGGGCAGCCCGGACACCUACUGGGUGGCCACCAUCAUCACCACCUGCGGCCAGCUGCUGUUGCUACGCUACUGCGGCUACGGCGAUGACCGCAAGGCCGACUUCUGGUGCGACGUCAUGACGGCGGACCUCCACCCCGUGGGCUGGUGCACGCAGAACAACCGAGUCCUCAUGCCGCCCGAAGAUGACGUUUACCUAAGAAAAGCCAUUAAGGAGAAGCACAGUGACUGGACGGACUUCCUUGUUGAGGACCUCACUGGCUCGAGGACGGCACCAGCCAACCUUCUAGAAGGGCCCUUGAGGGGUAAGAACACGGUGGACCUGAUCGAGGAAGGCUGUAUUCUAGAACUUCAGAGCUUCUCUGAUCCGACCUCCUAUUGGCCAGCCCGGGUCCUGCGGAACGUGGGCGGGCGCCUCCUCAUUCGCUACGUCGGCCUAGACGACCAAUCGCAUGACUGCUGGAUCUUCUACCUGGACACCAGGCUCCGGCCCAUGGGCUGGGCUCUAGAGAACAACCUAUCACUGCAGCCGCCUUCUGAAGUCAGCAAUACAAAAACGGCGGAGCAGUGGCAGGAGAUCCUGGAAGGUGUGAAGGCGGAGUCACAAAACAAACCCCUCCCCCUGGAGGUCUUCAAGGAUCACACUGACCUGCAUAGGCACUCCUUCAAGGUGGGCAUGAAGCUUGAGAUGGUAUCGCCACAGGAGCCUGCCCACAUACGCCCAGUAUCCGUCACAAAGGUGUAUGGCGAGCAUUACUUCCAGGUCACCGUGGAUGACCUCACAGGUGAAGCCCCGCCCAGCUCAGUCGUGUGCCAGGCUGAUUCGCUGGGCAUCCUGCCAAUCCAAUGGUGCCUGAAGAAUGGAGUCGGGCUGGAGCGCCCCAGAGGUUACCAGAGCCAGGACUUUGACUGGGCCGACUACCUGAAACACACCGGCACGGAGGCAGCACCAGACGCCUGCUUCCCUGAUACAUCUCACAGUCGUGGCUUCUGUAAGGACACAUGGUUGGAGGCGGUGAAUCCAUGGCAACCAGCGGAGAUCUGUGUGGCACGCAUCACGCAGGUCAGGGGUCGCCUCCUCUGGCUCAGACUGGAAGGUUUGUCCCAUGGUAUACCAGAGUGCAUUGUGGAUGCUGAGUCCAUGGCCAUCUUCCCUGUGGGCUGGUGUGAGGCCAACGCCUAUCCACUAACACCCCCCAUCAAGCCUGUCUGUCAAAAGCAGAGAAAGGUGGCGGUGGUACAACCAGAGAAACAAGUGACACCACCACCGUCCGUGGACAAUGUGCCUGUCAAUCUUUGCCAACCCGUUAGUGUGGAUGCAGGUGCUGUGAAUGGGAAAUACUGUUGUCCUCAGAUCUUCGUGAACCACCGCUGCUUCUCCGGGCCCUACCUCAACAAGGGACGCAUCGCCGAGCUGCCACAGGCUGUAGGGCCGGGCAAAUGCACUCUGGUCCUUAAAGAGGUCCUGACUAUGCUGAUCAAUGCAGCCUAUAAGCCGGGCCGUGUCCUGAGGGAACUGCAGAUGGUGGAGGACCCCCAGUGGAACUUUCAAGAGGAGACACUGAAAGCCAAGUACAAGGGCAAGAGCUACCGCUCCACCAUCCGGAUAGUGCGCGUGGCCGAGCAGGUGGCCGACUUCUGCCGCAAGGUGUGUGUGAAGCUGCAGUGCUGCCCCAACCUCUUCAGCCUCACGCUGGUGGCCGACAAGUGCCCUGAGAACUGCUCUGUGCAGACCAAGACCAAAUACACCUAUUACUAUAAGAAGCGUGUGGGGCGUCCGAGCCUGGCUGAGAGCACUCUGGAGGGGGAGCUGGCUAAACCGGCCCGCAGGAGGAAGAAGCGCAAGGCCAUCUUCGUCCAGAAGAAACGCAGAUCAUCCACCCUAGACUACACACCUGCAGGAUCACCUCAGGACAGCGAUGAGGAUGAUGAUGAUGAGGACGCCUCCAUGAGUGAAGAAGGCUCCAGCUCAGAGCCCCGUGAGGAGAGGAGGGAGACCCCAGGCAGGGGGAGGCCACGCCGCAUCGUGUCCCAGCGGCAGGCCUCCUUCCCUGGGCACGCGGCUGCCGAGGACAGGCCCUCCCGCCGGAGGUCCACGCGCUCCCUGUCUCUCAACGAGACGGCGAAGUACCCCCCGGCGAAGAGACCACACACUGAGGUGGGUGUGUGUGAAGAGGAGACUAGUCUGGUCCUGGACACCAACCCUCUGGAGUGGAGUGUGGCUGACGUGGUCGACUUCAUCAAGUCCACAGACUGCGCAGCGCUCUCCAAGAUCUUUCAGGAACAGGACAUUGAUGGCCAGGCUCUGUUGCUGUUGACGCUGCCUACAGUGCAGGAGUGCAUGGACCUGAAGCUGGGGCCGGCUAUCAAGCUCUGCCACCAGAUAGAGAGGGUCAAAGUGGCCUUCUACGCACAGUACGCCAAGUGAUGCACACACACACAGCAUACACAGACUAGUGCGCAAGCACAGCCACACACACACACACACACACACACACACACACACACACACACAUACACACACACACGCACACACAGACACACAUACACACACACACACACACACACACUCACAUCCACACAUACUGACUCGUGCUGUCUGCACCCCUCCCAAUCUCAACAUGCAGCACACACUCUGGCCGUUUCCCGAUGUCUAGUGUGCGUCCUUCGAAGUGUAUCAGCCUUCGUAAUCACGCCCAGUGAUUGGAUACUCUUUGGUGAACUCUGUGGAGUAUCCAAUCACUGGGCGUGACUAAUUAGGCUGACACACUACCAAGGC